CUAUUUAUAUCCAUUUUUCUGUAUCUAUAGCUCUCUUGUCUUUUCCGUUUGGAUUUGCUGUUGACACACCAUCAACUAGCAAUAAAGCCUUAACAGCAAGGAAAAGAAAGAAAGAGGUAAGAAAAGCAAUUGCAAGUUUGUUUGUUUUUCAACUGGAUAGGUAGCAUCCGUUGUUUUCUGUCCGCUGUGAUUCGUUUUCGUUUAGAAUUUCUCUUGGAAGCUAUUUUUAAAAGCAGGAACGGAAUGAUAUCUAUUUGUAUUUAUUUUAUUUUCUUAGCUGGAUAAACGCAAAAUUUAAAACAGUUCCUCCUCACUUGAAUACUAACGAAUUCAUUGUCUGUUUGUUUGUUUUCACUUUUAACAUCUCCCGGUUGGGUAACUUCCCUUUUUUGUUUUUUGUGUAUUUUUUAUGAAUAAUGGAUACGAAUGAUUAUGUCCUAUCACUUAUUGAUGAACUAGAACAUCGACAGGAAAUUCUCUCUCGUCUUCAAACUCAAUUUCAACAGGCAUUUCUUCAACUUGCCAAGAAAAAGGCUCAAUAUCCAUUGUAUGCCGCUCAACUCCCAGCUGCCUUGUUAUCCAAACAGCCCCGAUGCUCUAUCGACUUGAGCGCUAUAGAACCUUCUUCUUCAACAAAAGAUGCCAAUGCUUCAUUUGCUUUUCAGGUUCGUUUACAAAAUCAUUCGCCUAAGCCAAAGUUUUUUACCCAAUUGAUAAGCUUUGAUAUUGUCGGUCAUGAUUUUUUAUCUUGCUUAAGAGAAGUGUCGCUGCUGUGUCAGUCAAAUCAAACAAUUCAAUCUUUAUUGGAAUCCAUCCACAACAAUUCUACGAAGUAAGUUGCUUCUCCUCCCAGUUCUAAGAAAACAAACUAGUAAACAUAGUCCGAUCAAUGAGGUCAAGAGGAUGAGGCUUCUUUCUUUUCUUUAUUUACACUUAUAUAUGAUUGUUUCAUAAACUUGUUUGUAUAAAUUUCUCUUUUCGUUCGAAAUCUUCUUGCUCGGGUCGAGCUUUUUCAUUCUCGAUACAAAGAUCCCGCAACUAGCGUCGUGCUUUGCAGCCAUCGCUUCUCAAAUAACAAAUAAAAAAGAACAUGUUUCAUAAAUUGCUUGCAGGUCAGGUCUUACUAUUCCUAUAUACUUAGUGAAUUGUCGCAGCAAUCCAGAAUUGGUUUCAUGCAUGAAUACGUGAAAGCACCAGUCCAUUCAUCUACUGUAUUCUUAACCUUCGUUUAGUUUAUUUUUACUUUUGAAAUCGAGUUUCUAGUGUUAAAUGAAUUGUUUCUGUGGUUUUGAAACUAAAUAUUCUCAGAAAAACUUGGGUUAUUUA